AUGAAGUUCACCACCGUCGCACUCGCCGGUCUGGCCACUGUCGCCAUGGCCUCCCCUGCCGCCGAGGCCAACCCUGCACCCCAGCCUCAGCCCGAGGCUGCUGCUGACCCAGCUUUCUCCUCCUGGGGUAAGAAAUACCACCCCAAACUUUGGAACGGCUGGGGCGAUGCUCCCGGUCAGGUCUACCGUCGUGAGGCCGACCCUGCAUUCAGCUCUUGGGGCAAGAAGUACCACCCUCACAUCUGGAACGGAUGGGGUGAUGCUCCCGGUCAGGUCUACCGCCGCGAGGCUGAUCCUGCAUUCAGCUCCUGGGGCAAGAAGUACCACCCUCACAUCUGGAACGGUUGGGGUGAUGCUCCUGGACAAGUCUACCGCCGUGAAGCCGACCCUGCUUUCUCAUCCUGGGGAAAGAAGUACCACCCUCACAUCUGGAACGGCUGGGGUGAUGCCCCCGGCCAGGUCUACCGUCGUGAGGCCGAGGUUUCUGGCACUGCCUCUGCUACCGGAGCUGCCAAGCCUGCUGAGACUGGCGUCUCCGCUGAGGAGGAGGAGAAGGCUAACUUUAACUUCGAGCGCCGUGACCCUGCCUUCUCAUCCUGGGGCAAGAAGUACCACCCUCACAUCUGGAACGGCUGGGGUGAUGCUCCCGGUCAAGUCUACUAG